GUUCGGAAUAACAUAAUCAUCCAUAGUCUUGUCUCAACAUAUGCUUUCCAAAUAUCCAAAAAUUAUAAUCUUUAAUCCAAGAAGAAAAACAAAAGUAAGGAAAACAAAUCCGUGGAGUAUAGUUUUCUCUCUCUAGCUUUCUCUUCCAUGGCAAGGAAGUAAAAGGGUAAGCAGAAUUCGAAGGGGGAGGAUAUGGCGGCGGAACUCAGUAAGGAAGAUGAGGAUUUGAUUUAUUAGUCAAUAAGCGGUUGGGCAGAAGACGAAAUCGCAAGGAAAUGUGGGUCAAAUUCCGCCAUUGGAGUUUGAUGUACAGGAUGAAUUGGAGCGAUGUAUCUUGUCUCUUGAGCAAUCUUUGGAGGAAAUGAUAACCAAUUCUAGGGAGAAAUCAAAGUUAUUGGAAUGGAUGACUGCUUUGAAGGUUAUUGAGAAUGGGUUUUUGGGUUCGAAAAAUAGAGGGUCUGCUCUGAAUCCUCAGGUAUUUCCAAAUACUAGACAUAGAUUAUGUCUAUGGCACUUGAUUCAAAAUGCUGUAACGAGAUUUGGAGUUUUGAAGAGUGAUGAUACAUUCAAAGCUGCUUUCAUGAAAUGCUUGAGUGGUUGUAUUAAUGAAGCUCAGUUUGAAGUAUGUUGGGAUUCAAUGAUGACAAAGUACAAACUGAAAAACAAUAGUUGGUUCAAAAGGUUAUACUCACUAAAGCACAAGUGGUCAACAACUCUAAGUAAGGACUUUUUAUCCGCGGGAAUCUUGUCAUCACAGAGAAGUGAGAGCACAAAUCAUGCAGUGGGAUUCAAAGCAAACAAGAAAACAAGUUUGACAGAAUUCUACAACAUAUUUCAGAAGAUAGUGAAGACUUGGAGAAGGAAUGAGGAUUUUUAUGAGUUCAAUGGCAUAAAAUCAAUUCCUACUUCAAGCUAUCCAAUGUCUGCCUUACUAAAACAUGCUGCUGAGGUUUAUACACAUACAUUAUUCAGGGACUUUGAAGAAGAAUUCAACCUAGCCAUUGGAUCUCAAACUAAACUGCUAUUCAUUAAUGGAGACAAAAUGGUUUACCAAGUGUACCUUGAAGGCAGAGAUGGCACAACUCAAGCAGUAACUUAUGAUCCUGUUAACCAAACAACUCAAUGUCCAUGCAAGAAUUUUGAAGAGUCAGGUUGGUUAUGCUUUCAUAGCCUUAGAAUCUUACAUAUGCAUUCUGUUGAAAAAAUCCCAGAGCAAUACAUAUCUAUCAGGUGGACUAAAGUGGCUAAGGAUAAAGUUUGGGAGAGUAUUGAGGCAGAGCAAAGGAAGAAGGGAACAUUAAACAACUUCACACCCUGGCGGCUACACAUGGUGAGGAAGUAUUAUAGUUUAAUCCUUAAGAGCCACAAGUUUGAAAAAGCAAGGAAAGUGUUAGAAGAAAGCUAUGCAAAAGAUUCAAGUGCAAAAUUGAUGAGAUUAUUUCUGCUAUGAAGUCAACUGACAACCAUUCUAAGAACACUACAGGUGUAGAAGAGAAUUCAGAAGCAACUUCAUCUAAUGUGGUUCAAGUACUAGACCCAGCUCUUGCAAAAACUAAAGGAGACCAAUCAAAUAAAAGGAUUCCAGGAAGCUAUGACUACAUGAAAAAGGGGAAGAGGAGGAAACAUAGAGAAUUUGGUGCCAAAACACCAAAUAUUAAUAAUAAGUAUAUACUCUGAUAGUUUUAAGACAUCAAAUUUUAUCUUAAGAACAAUAUUUUUUAUCAUAGUAACCUGAAUUGUUACAUGGUUACCUUUUAUUUGUCAUUCUUGGAAACUUUAUAUCUUUUAAAUACUUAUAUAGUUUCUUUUUUUUAAGAUAUAGUGUCUUUUUUUAUGAUAUAGUGUCUUGUAUGAUUGACAUAGUGUCCUUUGUUAUAGUAUUAUGUCUUUUGAUCUGAUCUUAAUUGUACUUAUUUCUUUUCAAAGAAACAAGGAAUAAAGCACAUGAGUACUGUAAUACCUUAUACACAAAGCUUUUUUCUCUAAACUUGUUGUUAAUUGGUAAUUUGCUGUCCUACACAGAAGGCUCCUUUUAGUUGUUAAAGCUGUUUCAAUGUUUCCUGUGAUCAACAGAUAACAAAUCAAGGAAUUGAAAUGCUCAAAUCUUAAAUACUGAUUAUUAUAAUAUAGUAUCUUUUAUGAUUAACAUAGUAACCUUUAAUUUUGAGAUAUAUACUUCUUGAAAUAGUAAUCUUUUUUUACAAUAUAGUGAUCUUUAUAUAAUACCCUUAUAUUGUUAGUUUAUUACCAUUAGUUAACAUAGUCCAUAAUUUUGACUUAGUUACCUUUAUAUUUAGAAUAGUAACCUUAUUAAUAAAAUAGUGACUUUAUUUUAACAUAUAGUGACCUAUGAUAAUUACCAUUAAUUUAAAACAUAGUCCUUACUUUUGACACUAUAAAAUAUUGAAAAGGAAGUGGCCUUUUUUUACCAAACAAAGACCUUGUAAAUAAUAUAGUGACUUUAUUUUAACAUAUAGUGAACUAUGGUAAUGAAGUAACCUUUUAAACCAACUAAAGACCUUAUAAAUAAUAUAGUGACUUUAUUUUAACAUAUAGUGACCUAUGGUAAUGAAGUGACCUUUUUGAACCAAACAAAGACCUUAUAAAUAAUAUAGUGACUUUAUUUUAACAUAUAGUGACAUAAGAUAACAGAGAUCUUUAAUAAUUGAAUUAAACAAACAAUAUACCAUUUUCAUAAUAUAUUGGCAAAAGCUUGUUUACACAAAAUGAAUAUUUUUCCAUUCUUCAUUCAAUAACCUACACAAAAGUUGAAUGGAUACUAAUUAGCUGUACAUUCUUCAAAGUACUUUGCUUAGUUUCAGAAAAUUAUGAUAACAACUAAGUUUAAAAUCAGUUACACAAUGUUAAGCCUUUCCUUUCUUAGUUUCAAGAAAAUUAUGAUAUCUUAAGCCUUUCCUUUCUUCUUCUUGUCUACAGUCUGCUUCUUCUUAUUCUUCCUCUGCUCAAUCUCUUUCUUCCUUCUUUCUUCAACCUCUUUUGAAAGACGCUGCCUAUCAGGUUUGAAUUCAGCCACCUUACCAAUUACAUUUGAUCUAACUUCAUUCAUAUCAGAUAACAAUAAAGAUGCAGCAAUUUGAACCCGGAGAAUCUUCCUAUUUGAAGCCUAAAAAAGUAUAUAAUCAAUAUAAGAUAUUGUGAUAUUAAUUAAAAGAAAUAAAAGAAAUAAGUUAAAAGGAAUAGAACCAUAACUGUUUUUAAAAUUUCACAUUUAAACUCAUCAGCUCCAUUGAAUAAAAGCAUACUCAUUACAGUAUAAACACCAGAAUCUGAAUUAUCUUUGCUAGAUCUCCAAUUCAAAGUAGGAAACUCCAAAGCAUAGUCAACCAUAGCUCUAGAUUGAGUAAGUCUUUGAUCAAAGAAGGUACUGAUCAUAUCACACUACCAAAAAAUCAUAUAAUCAGAUCACAGUCACAUUAAAUGAUCUAUUAAGAGUCAUUAUAAAAUGUAAACUAGUUUAAAAUUUGUCCAAAUCCUAAUUACUAAACUCACUGUAAAAACCUUUAGACAAGAAAAUAGUGAAAAUAUGGAAGAGUGAGAAAGUAAUACCAAGAGACUAGAUAACUUUUUCAAGAAGUUACGACCAUCCUCAUCAUAAUUCAGAUUAUCAAUAAACUGAAUUUUUCCUUGAGUCAAAUUCACCACAAAUAAGUAAUAGUGAUUGCCACUUAGACAAGGUAAAAAUAUCUGCAACAAAGAUAUCAUAAUUAACAAUAAAAAAAACACAUAUCAUUUGUAAUUGUGAUAAAGGUACCUACAACAUAAAAAAAAAUACAACUACCAAAACAAUUGUAUAUAAAGUACCAGUAGAAACCAAAACAAUUUAUAAUGUAGACUUUCUAACAGUAUUUUACAAUAUGCACUCUCAUUUAAAUAAAGGUAACUACAACAUAAAAAAAAGGGACUAUAUUAUCAUAGCAUCAAAAAAAGAAAGUAUUACCAGCUCCACUUCUGACAAAUUAAAAUUAUUGCAAGCUAUUUUCAUCCACUCCUCCAAUUCUUGAUAUACAUUGUCCACUAGUUGUGAAUUGUCAUCACUGCCGGCAACUUCUACUAUUGUAACCUUCAUAACAUUUAAAAAAAUAAAAAAAAAAGUGAAAAGUAAAAACAUGUAUAAACAUUGAAAUAAUCAAACAACUCACACUAAUUGAAGAACCAAAGUACAAUUUUCGAGAUCCAUCCUUAAGAAAUUUCUGAUUUUCAUUGAGAAGCAACGCCCAUCAAUCCAAAAUACUACUGCUCAUGAUUUCAGAAGGCUCUCCUAAUGUGUAGAACUCUUGCCUUUGAAUCAAAUGAUUUUCAUGAAAGCAUACCAAUAGUUCAUUGUGUCAAAGAAUACAAAAUAAGAAUUAAAAAAGUGCUUCAUAAAUAAAUAAAAAAAUAAAAGAAAAACAAUGUAAUCAAACAAAAGCUUACUUACUUAGGAGGCAAACAAGAAUCAUUGAUAAUGCAAUAGUCAACAAUCUCUAAGACUAAUGGAUCCAAUAGCUUCAUUUCCUUGUUAUUUGACUUCAAAAAGUGUGAAAUAACAAUGAGCCUUUCAUCAGAUUUAAAAAGCAAUCGAACACCUGGACCCUCCAUUUGUAAUAAUAUUUUCAAAGCCAAUCACAGGUACAGUUCCCCUAUUUUCCUCCCUAAUUUCCUCCCUCCCUUCAUUUGUCUUGUUGUGCUCAAAUGCAUAAACUUGAUCCAACACCUCGGGCAUUUUUGUCACCCAAAUAGCAAGUUCAGAGAUCUCAUCAAUCACAGAUUGAACUUGAGGAUCCAAAAAAAAUGAUCAUCCUGAGAAUCAUUAAUACCAAGAGCAUUGUGGAUCUCAUUGCGGUGUGAAAGAAGAAUCUGUUUUAUGUUGUCAUUGUAAAAACAAGAUAUCACAUUCAUAUCUCUUUUCAUGAACAAAAAUUGUUCAUGAACAGGCUGCAAAGAGAUUAAAAAAAUCAUGUAUAAAUAUUGAAAUCAAAUCCAAUAAUUAAAAAAAAAAGAAAUAAAAGUCAGCUAUUCCUUACAUCAAUAGCAGAUGAAUGGAUCUCCUGAUCUGACAUCGAACCUGGUGGGAGAUUAAACUGUAUUGUACCAGGUACAUCAUUACCCUCCCUAACAUUUUCAACAUUUCCCACACUUCCCCCUGUAGUACCCACA